CCUUUGCAGCUGGGUAGGCAGCAUGUCUCGAUUGUUGUCUGAGUUCCUGAGCCGAUGAGCCUAUAUCCGGCCAGCCAUGGUGAGCAAUGCUUCAGAGAGCUGGUUGGGAUUCGAGAACGAGACGAAUGAAACGCCCACAGAAAGUGUGCACAGGAGAUUCGAAACGAUUUCCCAAUGCUUUUUCAGUUUGCUUGAUGCAUGCAGAAACUUCAAAUCUUGGUGGAGUGAGACUACCGACAAUGUGAUUCUGAACAGUCCUUGGCUUCAUCGUGAAACUGGCAACGCAUUUCGGUGCGCCGCCUUGUUCUUUCCUUGUGCAGCCUGGUUCCACUUCUUUUUCUAUACUAUCGAUGGCCAUACCAAUACUUGUUGGUCACACCAGUGCUACAUGGACUAUGUGGUCCUAAUGGUCUUAUUCUUUGGUUUUCUGUUUAGCCUUGCAGCCGCUCUGCAGCGACAGCGCGAAAGCUUUCGAGCAAGCUUGUUCUAUUGCUUCAUGAUAUCGUUAAACCGAUAUUCAAAUGGAGAGUGGUGGCAUUUUCGCUUGUGGGAGGAGUUUCGCGUGCUCUUCAUAGCUGUGGUGUUGUGUCACUCCAAUGUCCACCCUCUUUUGCUGCUCCUUGUGACUCUAUUCUUGCAGAUCGAAAUGGCAGACGCUGGGCCCUUCAAGCCAUUUCCGCAAAUUCUCAAUGGGACGUGCGGAAGCUUCCAACUUCUUCUGGUUUGUGCCUUUAGCCAAGAUUUCACCAAUCGCGUAAGAGCGGUUUCCUCUGGGGAAAUCUUCAGCAUUGUGGAUGAGGACCCGUUUUGAAAGUCCUUUGAGGGGUCGGUCUGCCCGAAGGUUUUGCUGGCUUAUGGGGAUCAACUCCUGGGUCUCCUGGGGGGCUUUCAUGAUCGGAAGAGCAAUGCAAGAGGGCGGGCACCUAUACAACGCUGUGUUGCAAAACCGUUUGCCCAUUUGCACUUGGCUUGCGCCGUGCGUGCUCAUCGCAGUCAUGCUUUGGGCAAGGCAGCAGUGCAUUGUAUGGAAGGCAGAUCUGGCGUUGCUUUUCUGCUGCUUGACACCUGCACUCCUGGUGGCAGGAGACUUGAUUCUGCAGAUACAAGAUGAAGCUUGUGGUAGUCCUGGCCAGCCGUGGCCCGCGUGCAAUGGUUUUCAGUCCAUCUUCGGUGCCUACAUGACGAUGCUUUGCUUCAUGGCCUUACCGGUUUUAGUGCAAGCAGGGAGCCACCCUCUACUUUGUACAGUGCCUUGUAUUCUGUUGAGUGUCCUAUUCGUUGGACUUGAAUUUCGUCAGUUUUUCUCAAUUCAUGAUGUUUAUGCAUUGUCUAUGAUGUAUGUGGAGACAGAAGUGAGAGUGGCGGCCCCAUUGAGUUGGAUGGUAUGGCUCAGUCAUGCCAUCGACUACUUCAAACGAAUGCGGGCCAUGAGGCAGGGAUUGGAACGUACGCGUGAGAACGCAGCUUCAUCCCUGUCACUCCUCAACAGCAUCUCUGUAUCUCAAAGCACUUCUGGUGUAGAGCUCCAGGUCCAGCAUAGUUCGAGUGGAUUCCAACAUGUGGCACAAGGACCUCAGCCUGACGUGCCAGAAGUGAGCGCUGUGGCAGUUGCAGUGGUGCGGCAUGCAGAAUGUGCAGAUGAUAUGCACGCCUUUGAUGACUCGGGCUGCUCUCAGGACGCGAGGGAGUUUCCGUUCGACCCGCCCAUCACCAGCAACGGUGUGCAGCAAGCAAAGCAACUUGCCGAUGACCUGAAGAAACAGUCUCUGGCUGUGGACUUGGUCGUCUCUUCUCCCUAUCUCCGUUGUUUGCAAACAGAAGAGAUCCUUGCUGAAGAAUUUGAUGCCGUGGUGCUGCUGGAUCAAGAACUGGGAGAAGUUCUGGGGCCUGACGUGUUUGAAGCUCGACCGCCAACGCUGGUCAGGUCUUGGAAAAGCACCAAGAGCCUUUGCCAAACCCAGCGGGUCAAGGCAGGUCGGGCCAUGGGCAAGAAGCCGCGGUGGCCAGAGACGCUGAAAGAUGCCCGUGUGAGAUACGCCAAGCGAUUCCUGGACUACUUGAGACGCGCGCGGCGCGCCAAGAAGAGUUGUAUCUUAGUCACUCAUGGCCACAUGCUGCAAGUCUGUGCAAGCAUUCUGCCUGCGACGCAGCAUCUGAAGGUUGGUUCAGUGAACUAUGCUGCAGCGAUCCUGGCCAUUUGCCGCCAAAGUGAUGGUUCUACGGCCGUAUCACCAGGACUGCUGGACUCCUCUGGUUCUGCAGAUUUUGGCGAGAUACACCACCAGAGAAUUCUUCGUUCUGCCUCCUUUGACAAAGCCGCAGAGGAGUCGGUUGAAACAGAUCCUGGGAAGGCCGAAGAAACAAAUCUGCAGGGCAACACAUUACUACAGGAUGUGAACAUGAAGUAUUGGUCAGUUUGGUACAAAGGCCUGCGCAGUACUUCUGGACGUGCAGCUUCAAUGCCUCCAAUCUUGCGAGAGCUGCAAACGCAGGAGGAGCAACUUGGCAUGAGUUGGCAAGACUUGAUGCAGCUUUUAGGAAUGCUCUCAGCACCUUGGGAAUUCCUGGACAACGGCUGGAACGAAGAAACUGGCAGCUUUCACACGAACACUCACACAGUGAGCUCGAUGGCUUACUUCAGGGAUCCAAAAGGCAUGCGAUCUUCACCUCCGUCUGAAGCCCCAAGUGACGCAGUACGUAGUGUACGUGCACCCUCCGAGCGGGCUCCGCCGCCAAUGGCGCCCCUGCCGAAGUUCAAUGUUGGCCUGUCGAGUUUAGCCCAGCGCCGCAAGCUUCAAAAAUGAAGUGAGCUCAUGCGGCGACGUUUGGAAAAUCGCAUGUGAGUGAACCGAACAUGUUGCCAGAAUGACAGUGGCGCGCCGAUUUUGCAAAGCAUGUGCUGGACCUGCGCUGCUUGUGUGCGUCCACGACAGUCA